CCCGCGGUCACUAGCAGCAUCAACACACCGAGCCUGGCCAUCAUCUCGGCUCACACAGCUAGUCACCUCUAAACAACCAGCACUCACUUUUGUCAAAGUCCCUUUGGGGUUAAGAAAACUAGCUUCUCUGAUCCUGAGGUUCACAGAUCUGCAUUCAGGUGAAUACAGAGGAGGAAGACGGUUGUUUGGAGACAGGCGCAUCCAGCAUCAGGUUGAACCAAGCAUGGCAUUCGCAGGGAUCCUAAAAGACGAGGACAUCACAGCAGCUGUCCGGGCCUGCCAAGAUCCAGGAACCUUCUCACACAAGACGUUCCUCAGUCAAGUUGGACUGUCUGGAAAAUCUAAAGAAGACAGCCAAAAGGUGUUCAAAGUGCUGGACCAAGACAAGAGUGGAUUUAUUGAAGAAGAAGAGCUCAAACUGUUCCUGCAGAACUUCAUGGAAGAAGCCAGGGAGCUGACAGACUCAGAGACCAAAGCGUUUCUGUGUGCUGUGGACUGUGAUGGAGAUGGCAAAAUUGGGAUGGAAGAAUUCUGUGCGCUGCUAAACUAAAGCAGUGGUUUGAAUCCUCUGAACUGAGUACGACCUGCAUUUUCUCUUUUAUUUACUCUUAUGAGAAUCUGAUCUUUUCAUUUUGCAAGCAGACAUGUGAUUACAGGUAAUUAAAAUAUUGCCUCUUAGGGAACAA